CUGUCCGUGGCAGCCGCGUGGCCGAGGCCAGUCAGGGCGUGAUGGAGCCGGAGACGCGCAGUGUGCAGAUCCAGUUCCCGCAUUAUGCGGCCGUCCUGCUGGAGUCGCUCAACAAGCACCGGCUGGAGGGGAAGUUCUGUGACAUCUCCAUCCACGUCCAGGGCCGGGUCUUCCAGGCCCACAAGAGCGUUCUGGCCGCCUCCUCCCCCUACUUCCACGACAAGCUGCUGCUCAAUGACACCAACUGCAUCGUCCUGCCCAGCGUCAUCGAGCCCGAUGCCUUCGAGAACCUGCUGCAGCUGAUCUACUCGGGGCGCCUCAAGCUGCUCCUGGAGGCCCUGCCCAGCCACCUCCUGGUGGCCAGUGGCCUGCAGAUGUGGCAGGUGGUGGACCAGUGCUCGGGCAUCCUCAAGGAGCUGGAGGGGGGGCCCUGUCGGCCGUGGCCGGGCCGGGCCAGCGAGAGCCAGUCGCCCAGCAGCAGCAGCUACUUUGGAGCCCGCGAGGAGGCUGCGAGCGGAGGGGAAGGGCCUGGGCGUCGCUUGCAGGACGGCUGCCCGGAUGAUGAGGUGCUGAAGAUCCAGGUGCCCCACGACGACGACGAAGAGGAGGAGGAGGAAGAGGAAGAGGAUGACGAGCGGCAGGCCCCAAUGUGCAGCGGCUCCACAGACAGCCCCGUGAAAGUCAUCCUGGACGAAGGUGAGGAGGGGGAGCGCGACGGCUGCUCCAAAGGGCCGGGGAACACAGGCUCUGCCCUCCACGAGGCCCCCAAGGUCUUCUACAUCAAGCAGGAGCGCUUUGACGCAGAGGAGGCGUCCACUUCGGUGCUGGGCAGUGGCGCUGGCUCCUCUCUGCCCGAGUCGGGCUUUCUCAAGGCCUUGGGCCGGCCUCUCAGCAUGGCUGAUGUGCCUGGACUGUGCCAGGCGGAGAUCCAGGAGACCGGCGAGGUCAGCUACAUCCUGCCCAGCGGGGCCUUCUCGUCCACGGCCACUCCCAGCUUCUCCGGGAAGGCCUCGGACUCCUCGGUGCCUUUUCCGGAGAGCUCCUGGAAGCCGGUCGACCUCCACGGGAACGAGAUCGUUGCCCACGCCAUCCACGGGCAGGUGGUGCACGCCCCCGUGAAGCUGAUGUCGGCCCCCGACGGCAAGAGGUUCGGCUGCCUGUGCGGGAAGCGCUUCGCGGUGAAGCCCAAGCGGGACCGGCACAUCAUGCUGACCUUCAGCCUGCGCCCCUUCGGCUGCUCCGUCUGCAGCAAGAAGUUCAAGCUCAAGCACCACCUCACCGAGCACAUGAAGACGCACGACGGGAACCUCUACGCCUGCGAGGACUGCGGCCGCAAGUUCCGCGUCCAGAGCUGCUUCCUGAAGCACAAGGAGCUGUGCAAGGGACAGGGCUGGGCCACCGCCUGCUGGACCUACAAGUAGGGGGGUGGGAG